AUGGGCGGAGCUAAUUCUUGCUGUGAAAAUAGGGAUAAACCAUACGAAGGUGAAAAGGUUAAUAAAGAUUUCUAGAUCAGAUUCUAGCAAAGAUAAUUGAGAGCCUAAGGAAACGGCAAAAGAGUAUCAUGUUCAAGACCAAAAACUCUUGAUGUCCCGAGAAAUGAGGAAGUAAAUUUAGUAAUGGGAAAAAAUAGGAGGAUGCAGUGCUAAUCUGGUGAAAGACCUGCAAUAUUCACACCAUCUCUUCUAAGAAUAGGAAAAAAUUUGAAGGAUGCCGGAAAAGGGAACAGCAUUGGGAGUCAGCUAUCUCCGAGAUUAGUUAAUCCUGAAACUAAAAUCAUUUUAAGAUCUCCAAGCAAUAAAACUCUAAAAAUUAAUCCAAGUUAGGAGAACUUUGUGAAAUCGCAUGAAAGCUAUUUGAGUCUUCAUCAUAAAGUUAUGCCAAGUGUCUCAAAUGACGAAAAAAAGUAAGCAAGUCCCAGAAGAAAUUCAUCUUAAUUGACAUUGGUUGAUGAAGAUGAGUGCAAUGACAACUCCUAGGAAAUUGAAGAGCAUAAUUCUGAAGUCAGGAUAUCCAAUUUGAACACCAGAAUUGCGCCACAAAUGGAAUAGAAAAUUAAAAGAAGCAGCUAGACAACUAGCAGGACAACUACUCCUAGAACUAACAUCAAUUUAUAAUCCUAUGCAAGCCUUACUUAACUAGACAAUCAAAAUGUAGUUAUUGAAUCUUAGCCAUCAGUGGUAUCUACUAAUAACAAUAAAAAUGAGGAAUUCUCGCAAAUAAUGGAUGACCAAAACAUGCUCAAUAUGCUAAAUAAGAGUAUUAAGUAGAAAACUUAAGUAAGAGUAAAAAGAGUAUAGAAGAGUCAGCAAUCAUCUCCAUUUGGUAUUGCUUAGCCUAAAUCGGGAAGUAUGAAAAAUUAGUAGAACCCUCGAGAUUAGUAUAAUUAGCAACCUCAAAAUAUUGAACUAGAAAUUGGAUAAAUAUAGAUUGAAUUUAGAAAAAGUGAAUUGAUGAAGAGACCUUAAUAUGCCGUUAACUCAGCCACAAGCAAAUCAAGUAAGAUAGCUUCAAGAAUGACUAAGAGUCCUUUAUCAACAAAUUUAACUUCUUCCUCUUAUAACAUCACAAGUCCACAACCUACUCAUUCAAAACCAGGUAAUAUUUCAAGUGAUGAGAGGCCAAGCACAAAGUCGAAUACUCCAGUUAUAAACAUGACGGAGAUUGAAGAGUCAAAGGAUGAAGAAACUAUAAAGCAACUCCCAACGACACCAAACGAUUUAAAGAAGCAAAACUCCAAUAAAACGAAAAAUUUGAAUUCUAACAUAACAAGCCAAAAGUAAUCAGCACAGAAAACUUCAAAGAAUCCUUAAGCGUUAGGAGCUUAAAAUGAGUUAGCAAGAUUAGUUGGGAAAUCUUUGGUUGCUUCAACUAAAAAGAAGAUAGCUCUAAAGAAAAAAUUCGCAAACAUUAACAAUAGUAACAAUGUUAUUAGCGGCAAUGGAAAUUAAUCUUUAAUUAAAGGAUUAAUUAUUUGA